AUGGAGGCUCUGAGCAAGAAGCAGGAGGACGAGGACGCGCUUUAUAGUCAGGUGAAAUCGGAUUUCAAGAGCAGUUCUGACGUCCUGGAGGGCGUUCGACCACAAGCCAACUCAGUGAUUGAAAUCGGCAAGAGGACCAGCACAGAUGUUAGCCAACUUGGCCGGGAUAUUGAAGCCCUGCUCAACAAGAUGAAGGAACUCAAGGAUAAGAUAAGUAAGUUGGCAAUCGAUUUUCGUAAAACCUCUCAUUUUAACUCACUUUCACAGUGUUGCCAUUCAAGCAUAUGA